AUGCUCUGUGCGAGAGCGGUCACUGGGAUGGAUUCCCAGAUCUCAGGGGCAGCUCAAGAUGCAUGUGCCCAUGUAGAAGCUGCUAACAGAGUCCCGCCCAGCUGCCAGAGGAGCUGGGACGCGGAGAGGAGACGCCGGAGGGAGAUCGCAGAGGGGAGGGGGGCGGGAGGGGGGUGGGGGAUUCCCGAGGAGCCGGCGGACCGGGAGUCUGGGAGGGCCCGAACGGCGCCAGGCCCGCCGCGCCACAACUUGCCCAAACCAGACAAGCUUCGUUCUGCGCCCUGGAAGAAGGAGUCGGCCCGCCGCUUCCAGCUCGGCUGCUCCUCGGCCUCGGUGGGCCCCGCCUGCGCCAGCAGCGCUUCUGGGGUCUGGGUCCCCAGCGUCGCCCCCGUCCUCCUGCAGCGCCCGGCGCCCGCCACGGAGCGCGCAGCUGGGGUGCUGAGGACAAACGGUGAGCAAGAGAAAUCACGGCCCUUGUUCCCGCUGAUCCUGCAGCCCAGUGGAUGGAGCCCACAGUCCACAGACGUGCCAGGGCCCUGGGCGCACGCUGACCGCUCCGGGGCAGGCGCGCCCUUCGCUCCAGGUCCAGGCUGGGGCGCUGCCAUAGCAACGGCCUGGACGCCCGGACCUUAG